GCUAUCUAGCACACUGAUUGCAGGUUACUAAUCAGUUGCUCAUAUUAGCGCUGGAGCAAAACCCUGCGCACCAGCACUCCGGGAGUAGAGCUACUCAGCGCAUUCUGCAGACAUUCAUUUUAGCCACAACAUUCCUGUUUUCUAGGCAACAUUUACCACCUAUUUAAAAGCAUCUGAUCAGACUCAUGUUAUACCAUGUUUCAUUUGGUCUGUGCAUUCACACCCUAUUCUCAUAUAUUCGGCCACCUGUUGGGAGGAAAUGGCAUUCUAAAUGGAUCUCAACUCCGGGCGGGGCUUAGACGUAGCAAGCCUAUGAUUACGGCACACGAAACACCAUCUGUUGUGUUUUGCUUCCGUGAAAUCCGAGCCAGUAACUCUAUAUGCUGGUCUAACAAACGGAAAUUAAGAAUGGUUACAAAGAGGAUCCGAACGGAGUAUAUGAAGAGAUUCAAGGACCCGGAAUGGGAAACCUACGCAAAGUGCUAUGAGGAGAUGAUAAAGUACAGACUGACGAGAAGGCUUUUGGAACAAACUCAUAAUCCGUGGUUUUGGAACAAUGACAGUGACUCGGAAUCCAGCAGGUCCACUCCUCAAAAGAAUAAAGUUGAGCCAUUGGUCCUAAAAGAUGAUUCACAACGAGAAUGUGCGAGAAAGAUUCCACCUAAAGAACCAUUGGAACAGAAGAUCCCCAUUUCAGAAGAACUGCAAGAAAUUGCAACUCCGGAGAACUCACCACCCAUUGAUGUACAGGGUGCUGUGGACGUAGGCUGUGGAGAGACAGAGGAAGAGAAGCUGGGACAAGGAUUAAUUGCCCCUGAGUCAGGGAAGAAGCCAGAGGCCCAAACUAAAACCAAACAGUCCAGAAAGCCCCCCAGGGCAUGGAGCCAGCUACGGAAGCCCAAAGAGACUGACAAGAAAAACAGGCACCCAUUUGCCCUGUAUGGAGGAGGUGAUAAGCCAGCUGAGAUGGCUAGGAAGAAGACUCACAAUGUGGGUCCAGCUGCAUCAACCAAGGAGAUCCACCAGUCUGCAUUACGGGCCAAAACCAGACGGGAGGUUGAGAAGCAGGUGCAGAAAGUGGACAAGUGGAGAGUGCGGUCUGCAGAGCUGGAGAAAGUGACCAUAACCAAACCUGACUUUGACCCCUGGAUGACAGAGUACAUGCGCUGCUUUUCUGCCAGGUCCUGAUAGAUAUAGAGUGCAAUACUUUUGAUUAACAUAGGACGGGGAAUAUGGUAUUUGAAAUCAAAUAGAAAACAUAAAGAAUUAUUUUGUUUCCAAAGUUUGCAUUCACCAUGCUUUUCUCACAGCUUUUAAAACGUUUUAAUGUUCAUACAGUACAGUCGUGGCCAAAAGUUUUGAGAAUGACACAAAUAUUAAUUUUCAAAGUCUGCUGCCUCAGUUUGUAUGAUGGCAAUUUGCAUAUACUCCAGAAUGUUAUGAAGAGAGAUCAGAUGAAUUGCAAUGAAUUGCAAUGUCCCUCUUUGCCAUGCAAAUGAACUGAAUCCCCAGAAAGCAUGUCCACUGCAUUUCAGCCCUGCCACAAAAGGACCAGCUGACAUCAUGUCAGUGAUUCUCUCAUUAACACAGGUGUGAGUUUUGACGAGGACAAGGCUGGAGAUGACUGUCAUGCUGAUUGAGUUCGAAUAACAGACUGGAAGCUUCAAAAAUAGGGUGGUGCUUGGAAUCAUUGUUCUUCCUCUGUCAAUCAUGGUUACCUGCAAGGAAACACGUGCCAUCAUCAUUGCUUUGCACAAAAAGGGCUUCACAGGCAAGGAUAUUGCUGCCAGUAAGAUUGCACCUAAAUCAACCAUUUAUCGGAUCAUCAAGAACUUCAAGGAGAGCUGUUCAAUUGUUGUGAAGAAGGCUUCAGGGCACCCAAGAAAGUCCAGCAAGCGCCAGGACUGUCUCCUAAAGUUGAUUCAGCUGUGGGAUCGGGGCACCACCAGUACAGAGCUUGCCCAGGAAUGGCAGCAGGCAGGUGUGAGUGCAACUGCACACACAGUGAGGCGAAGACUUUUGGAGGAUGGCCUGGUGUCAAGGGCAGCAAAGAAGCCACUUCUCUCCAGGAAAAACAUCAGGGACAGACUGAUAUUCUGUAAAAGUUACAGGGAUUGGACUGUUGAAUCCCCUUUACGAUUUUUUGGGGCAUCCGGAAAAAAGCUUGUCCGGAGAAGACAAGGCGCUACCAUUUACUGUGUCAUGCCAACAGUAAAGCAUCCUGAGACCAUUCAUGUGGGGUUGCUUCUCAGCCUGUCCCUGAUGUUUUUCCUGGAGAGAAGUGGCUUCUUUGCUGCCCUUCUUGACACCAGGCCAUCCUCCAAAAGUGGGCUCACUCACAAUUUUGCCUAAGAACACAGCCAUGAAUAAAGAAUGGUACCAACACAUCCUCCGAGAGCAACUUCUCCCAACCAUCCAGGAACAGUUUGGUGACGAAAAAUUCAUUUUCCAGCAUGAUGGAGUACCUUGCCAUAAGGCAACAGUGAUAACUAAGUGGCUCGGGGAACAAAACAUCAAUAUUUUGGGUCCAUGGCCAGGAAACUCCCCAGACCUGAAUCCCAUUGAGAACUUGUGGUCAAUCCUCAAGAGGCGGGUGGACAAACAAAACCCCACAAAUUCUGACAAGCUUCAAGCAUUGAUUAUGCAAGAAUGGGCUGCCAUCAGUCAGGAUAUGGCUCAGAAGUUUAUUGACAGCAUGCCAGGGCGGAUUGCAGAGGUCUUGAAAAACAAGGGUCAACACUGCAAAUAUUGACUCUUUACAUCAACUUCAUGUAAUUGUCAAUAAAAGCAUUUGACACUUAUGAAAUGCUUGUAGUAACAUAUUAACACAUGACAAAAUAUCUAAAGGCACUGAAGCAGCAAACUUUGUGAAAAUUAAUAUUUGUGUCAUUCUCAAAACUUUUGACGACGACUGUACACCUACUCCUUCCAGGGUUUUUCUUUAUCUUUACUAUUUUCUACAUUGUAGAAUAAUAGUGAAGACUUCAAAACUGAAAUAACACACAUGGAAUCAUGUAGUAACCAAAAAAGUGUAAAACAAAUCAAAAUAUAUUUUAUAUUUGAGAUUCUUCAAAGUAGUCACAAGUUGCCUUGACAGCUUUGCAUUCUCUCAACCAGCUUCAUGAGGGAGUUACCUGGAAGGCAUUUAAAUUAACAGGUGUACCUUCUUAAAAGGUCAUUUGUGUCAUUUUUGUCCUUAAUGUGUUUGAGCCAAUCAGUUGUGUUGUGACUAUAUAGGGUUGGUAUACAGAAUAUAGCCCUAUUUGGUAAAAGACCAAGUCCAUAUUAUAUCAAAAACAGCUAAAAUAAGCAAAGAGAAACGACAGUCCAUCAUUACUUUAACACAUGAAGGUCAGUCAAUGGCUUCUUCAAGUGUAAUUGCAAAAACCAUCAAGCGCAAUGAUGAAACUGGCUCUCACGAGGACUGCCACAGGAUAGGAAGACCCAGAAUUACUACCUCUGCUGCAGAGGAUAAGUUCAUUAGAGUUACCAGCCUCAGAAAUUGCAACCCAAAUAAAUGCUUCCCAGAAUUCAAGUAAGACAUCAACAUCAUGUGGUCAGAGGAGGAUGCGUGAAUCAGGCCUACAUGGUCAAAUUGCUGCAAAGAAACCACUACUAAAGGACACCAAUAAGAAGAGACUUGUUUUGGCCAAGAAACACGAGCAAUGGACAUUAGACUGGUGGAAAUCUCUCUUUAGGUCUGAGUCCAAAUUUGAGAUUUUUGGUUCCAUCCGCUGUGUCUUUGUGAGACACAGUGUAGGUGAAUGGAUGAUUUCCGUAUGUGUGGUUCCCACUGUGAAGAAUGGAGGAGGAGGUGUGAUGAUGCUUUGCUGGUGACACUGCCAGUGAUUUAUUUAGAAUUCAAGGCACACUUAACCAGCAUGGCUACCACAGCAUUCUGCAGCAAUACGCCAUCCCAUGUGAUGUGGGCUUAGUGGGACUAUCAUUUGUUUUUCAACAGGACAAUGACCCAACACACCUCCAGGCUGUGUAAGGGCUAUUUGACCAGGAAGGAGAGUGAUGGAAUGCUGCGUCAGAUUACCUGGCCUCCACAAUCACCUGACUUCAAUCCAAUUGAGAUGGUUUGGGAUGAGUUGGACCGCAGAGUUAUGGAAAAGCAGCCAACAAGUGCUCAGCAUAUGUGGGAACUCCUUCAAGAUGGUUGAAAGAAUGCCUUGAUGACAGCUUUGCACACUCUUGGCAAAUGGUGGCUACUUUGAAGAAUCUGAAAUAUAAAAUAUAUUUUUAUUUGUUUAAAACAUUUUGGGUUACUACAUGAUUCCAUAUGUAUUAUUUCAUCGUUUUGAUGUCUUUACUAUUAUUCUAGAAUGUAGAAAAUAAUAAAAAUAAAGAAAAACCCUUGAUGAAUAGAUGUGUCCAAAUUUUUGACUGGUACUGUAAAGUAUUGCAUCCAAAUCAUGCAUUAACUUAAUUCAAGUUUCACAACGGUCAUGCACAAAAUCCUCUGAAUGAUGGAAUUGUUUAUCUUGCAGUAACAAUGUGCAGUAAAUAGUCCUCCGUUUGUGAAAUCCCAAUAUCCCCGUCCAAAGGUAUUUAUACACAGAAUGACACUCGAUAGUCCUGGUCUCAGCUUAUUGCACCGCCAGGCCCCAUCCCCCAGGGUUACUCUCGGGAGGCAUUAGGCUUAGGCGGUAUACCGGGUUAUUUUGAAAUACAGACAGUAUGAUUUUCAAAACCAUCUAGCAGAGGGCACGUGCUACGUUACUGCUUAUAACUAACUAAAAGUUAACUAACGUGCCAAAUAAAUUAUUUCCAGCUCAGGACUCCAGCUAUGCAUUUGGUUUGCUGACCUGCAAGAUCACUCUUAUUGGUUACAACUGAAACAAUCAAUUCCCUCCUGUAUCAAGAUCCCUGCUGCCUAAAUGAGCUUUUUGCCUUCUUUUUUAAGUUUGGAAAGAAAUAGCGCUCCUUGUGUGCACUGCAAGUAAUACCGUAUACCCCAGUAUGGUACAGGAACGUUGGAAAGGUAUGAAAAUCUGGACACAGUAUAGAUGUCAUUGAUAAACCUCUCCCAAAAGGGAACUCAAUAGCAUAUUGACCUCAGUGACAAUGUUCUGUACAUACUGUAGAUAAUGAAGGUCAAAAUUUAGUCGUAUGUGGAUGUUCUCAUGGUCAAAUCUAUUUUUUGGGGUGGUUCAGUAUUAUGUUAUGGUCUUCUGUUGUCAUAUAUUAAUUUUAUUUGUCAGUAUUAUGUUUUAAGACCACAGGUUUUAUUGUAAAAGACCAUAAGACAACGUUUAGAACUAAUUUGGAUUAAAUAAUGUGCAAUAAAUAGAUUCAAUAAGUUGUAAAUAACUAAUAUUAUGUUUCAAAUAGCUACAACAGGGUCAAUGCUUUCGAUUACAGUGAUCUUAACCACAGGAUGCAUGAAAUGUAAUAAUCUACCAGCACCGGAUAACAAUUGAUUCACUGAUAUCUGUGUGAGUAAGCUGCAGUACACAAAAUGUCCAUGUUGUGAAGUAUAGAACAAUACAAUUUACUGCAGCCAUUACAUGGAGGUCUUGAUUUACUCAAAAGCUUUGGGACAUCUUCCUGUCAGUAUAAUGACCUGUCGGUGCUGAAGUGAAUAUGUUUAUGUGAGGCUACAUUACUUGGAAUAAAGCCAGUAGGACUAGUGAGUCCAGAUCACAGACAACCUGUAAGGAGGGAGCUCAUUUCCAGCUCCAACAGAUUCAAAAUCUCACCACUAUUUUCUUGUUUAAGUGUUAUUUUGUAUGUUCAAACGUAAAUGUUUACACUUUUACACAUUUAAUGGUACUGAUACUGAGAUCAGAUUGCAUUUUGAUAUUGUGUGCUAAAAUAAUGAAUAAACUACUUUUUUUUACUGAAAUGUGUGACUUGGAAAA